UGUAUUAAUAUUAUAAUACAGUGUUGUUAGUAGUGAACAUUUUUAGAAAUGUUGAGGAAGGUGUUAGGCGAAAUAAUUAUGAGGAUUAUUUAAUAUUCGUUCUCAAGAAUGGUACAUUUUGAUGGAUUAAGGUUAUCAUCACGUAGGAUUGAGUGUUUUUCAACUAUUGCGCUCCGAAUUUAUCGACUUCUAAAUGGAGAAUAAUUAUUUUCAAAUGGUAAAACCCCCAACAGAGCAAAGUGUGACUGCAGAUGAGUUCAAGCAAUAUUAUUCUAAUACACCUUGUCUCGAUGCUCCGCAUGUACAGUAUGUUAUUAACUCUGAGGACCAGCAGUUCUUACGUCCCCAGAUAAUUCUUGCUCAAGAUACUAAUAUAGUUAAUUCUGAAUCAUCCCAAGUAAUAGUAGAUCAAGCUCGUUAUAAUGCUGAAGGUGUUCAACGAACAGCACAUGUACAAAAUUUUAUUGAAAGAAACUCUGACAAUUUUCAUGCUGUUCGGCAGAUUCAGUACACCAAUCAAGAAGAAAACAUAGAGCGAAUAGUGUUACAUCAACAAAAUCAACAGCAGCAAAGAGUACAACAUCACAUAGUGCAGCAGCAUAUUGCAACAUCUGAACAACAUACAAAUCAUCAUGUGAUGCAAGGAAUUGUGUUUCCACAUCAGGCACUAUUAGUUCAGAGGGGCACACAGCAAAUACUAACUCAACAGCAAUCUCAAGAACAUAUCAACAAUACACAACAGCGGCAGCCAAUUCGUGUGUAUCAGCCUGAUCCGCAGCCAACAAGAAUUAUAUAUGAACAGCCAUCCACUGUUGCUUACAAGCCGGUGCCAAUAAAUGUUCCUCAGGCAGUGACUGUAGAAUUUAAUCACAAUGCCAAUGAGGUUCAGAAUCAACCAGACCAUGUUGUGGAGCAUAUUUCACAACAAGAAAUGAGAGAUUCACAAACUUCACCACUACACUCAGCAAGGUUGAUGGAUAGCUCAGUUCAGUUUGUUCAGCAUCAUUCAUUGACACAACAAACAACACAUCAGCAGCCAAGAAUGAUAAUGGCAUCACCUGGACUCAUAUCAAUGCCUGGGCAGGUUUUAACACAACAACGAGCUCCUCAUGGCUGUCAAGCACAACAGAAUCAUAAUAUGCAGAAUAAGCUCAGGCCUACCACCCCUAGCAACAACAAUUGUGUCAGACUGAGGAAUAUAACACCACCUUCACAAACAUAUUUUAAACAGAUACGUGCUCCUCAAGCUACUGUGAAGAAACAAGUUGUUUCUCCUGCAAAGAAUGAGUCACAUCAGUUAGUGAUUCAAGUGAAACAGUCACGAAAUACACCUGAAAAUCAAUUGAAUGAUCUUGAUCUUGAAGAUAGCAUAACUGCCGCAGUUGUUCAGAAAGUUCCUGGAAAUAGUCAACAGGUCAUCAACAGACAACUGAAUAAUGCAGAUACUGCCAGUACUAACGUUAACACUCCAAAUUCUUGUCAACAAAGACCGGAAGCUAGAAUGCCUAAAAAUUGUUCCAGACCUAAAACUACUAAAAAAAGUACACAUCAAAAUGCGUAUACGUCAUUCCAUGACCUAGCAAAACAAGACCAGGAAACUCAGGAUAAUAACAUUCAGCAGCAACAGCAGCAAUUAGCUCAGCAACAAAAUGAACCUCGCAGAGACACUGCAAGAAUGCUGGUCAUUCUGCAGAGUAGAGAACAAAGAUUGAUAACUUUUACUUUACCUAAAGAGACAUGUGCUGUUCAAGAUCUGUUAGACCAGGUUGGUAUUCCUUACUCACCCAAUACUGAUAUACAGUGCGUAAUGAACCCUGGAACUGACAUUGAUUACAUUGUCACCGUUGGAAAUGUAGAGGUGCCACACCAUUCGCAGCCAGAAAUUAAUUCACCGGAAAAGGUUCCUGAGAUAUGCAAAUCGCCUGAGCCACCGAAAGAGGAUCCACCAAAAUAUAUUGAAGGCAUGUUAGCUUUAUGUAAAUUUUGUGGUUAUACAGGAGUUGACUUCAGUAAAUGUCAAAGAUGUAAACGGAAAUUUGCCGAGGAGCCGAAAUCUAUACCGCAAACACCUCUCAAUAAAAAAGACAACAAAGACUCCAUAUUAUCUCGAAAAAUACCAUACAAAGAUAAUUUAAGUUCAAGGUUUCCUAAAGACAAUCUAAGAAGAGCUAAAAAGACGAGAAGGGACCCAGAACCAGAAGUGUUAACUUUAAGUUCUGACGAAGAGGGCUCUAAACCUGAUCAGGUUGAAAAUAAUUCAUUAGAUUAUGAAGGUCCGAGCCAAGUUCAUUUAAAAGAACCAGUCAUGACUCCCGAUAUGGAAAAAGAUAUGAAAGUUCCUGUACGACGGGAUUCAGUCGAUAUUUGUGGAGGAGUAACAUUCACUGUUGUAGAAUGUCGGUUAAUGAGAAUUGGUUCUUAUAAAUGCACACCUAUAGAAAAAGUAGUAUUUAAUUCCAAAGGGAUAAGAAUAGCAGCUUUUACGGUUUUUGAUAAUUCUAAAAAGGAGAUACUAAACAUCCAACACAGAGAAAUCUUAAAGGUGUUGAUACAUUUUGGAAGAACACCAAUUAUAUUCAUAUAUCUGCUGCCUUCCUGUGCCCUAUAUAUUCGUAAUAAGCUAAACAUGGGGGAUCCAAAAGAUGGAAUUUAUUUUGAUAGUUGUGCAGCUGAAGAAAUAUACAAAAGGAUCAUCUUAAUACCUUCUAGUUUUCCAGAUGAUUUUCAGAAAACUAUAUAUCAGCUAUAUGGCAAACCAAACAAUAUUUUAGAUGAAUUAACAAGGCGAGAAGUAGAUGAAAUAUUAACCAAAAUUAAAUUACGUGACAGACCUAUUGAUUACGGACCUCUGGCAAAUGAAAUACGACAAAUUCUUAUUUAUCCUCCUGGUAAAGGUGGUAUACCUAUCAAUACAGAAGAUUAUGGAAGUUUGGCACAAGACCAAUUCUUAAAUGAUGUAAUAAUAGAUUUUUAUUUAAAAUAUCUAUGUAAGGAAAUACUUUCUGAAGAAAUGAGAAAUAAGACUCAUGUUUUUAGUUCAUUUUUUUAUAAAAGAUUGACUACUAAAGUAGAAAAACCUAAUUCCAGAAUGGAAAAUAUUGAUUUAAAAUUAACCUCAGCCCAAAAGCGCCACAAUAGGGUGAAAAAUUGGACCAAGAAUGUAAACAUUUUUGAAAAGGAUUUCAUUGUAAUACCUAUUAAUGAGAGCUCACAUUGGUUUUUAGCGAUAAUAUGUUUUCCGGGGUUAAAGGGUCCACACACAAUGAUGGGUAACAAACCAGUAGAAGAAAAGAAUAACAUUAACAAGAAGAACAAAAAAACUAUAAAAGUCACUGAGGAAUCUCCUUGUGGUCCUGCUGUGAAUAUAAGCAAUAAAUCGGUGAGCAAUCCUAACAAAAAUCUAUUUGGAGAUGAGGAACGAGAUGAAGCAGAUGGAACUGAUAGUGAAUUAGAACACAGCCAAUCUGAUUCAGAAUCAGAUCAAGCAUCCGAGUCUAGUACUAAGUCUGAAUGCAUUAAACAACCGUGUAUUUUAAUAUUCGAUUCACUGGCCGGCGGGGUGUCAAGGCGGCGGGUAGUUGCAACAUUAAGAGAUUACCUUACUUGUGAAUACCAGUCUAGAACAGGAACUAGUGAUUGUUUUACUCGGUAUAAUGUGAGAGGAUGUUGUCCAAAGGUUCCACAACAAAAUAACUUUACUGAUUGCGGCCUAUAUUUGCUGCAAUAUGUAGAACAGUUUUUUAAGGUGCCUAUUACAAAUUAUACAAUUCCAAUAAAAGAACUGGCUAAUUGGUUUGAAGAAAUUGUAGUCACUAGAAAGAGGGAGGAGAUUUCAAACUUGAUUAAGAAACUUGUGUCCGAUUUUAACCCAGAUAGCCUACCAUUACCUGACAUAAGUUUUCCCACGCUAAAUGGUAAAUUAAUUGAAGUUGACAUGCAUGAAGGGGUGGAUGAUUAUGAUGAGCACUUUGCUGAAAUAGAAGAGAUGGAGGAAGAUGAAGAGUUAUAUGAAGAUGAGGAGGCACUAUCUUCUGAAUAUGGCGUUCAAGAGGAAGAAAGUGAGAUAUCAUUAAACGAGAGUGUAAUGUGUGAGUCACAGGCGAGAGGUUUAAAACGUGCUGUGACCAAAGAUAAUAAUGAUUGUGAAAGUGCUCCAGUUCGGAGGCGUUUUAAAAUACAUGAGGAAGAUAAAAAAUUAUUUAAUGGUCGUGAGAAGUUUAGAUACUCUUAAUCGGAUGUUAUAGACUUAUGAGAAUUUUCAAAAUUACUAGUGAUGACUAUUGUAUAAAUAGGUUAUAUACAAUUUUAAUUAUGUAGAAAAUAUCAAUCAUGAAUAAUUUAAUAUUAUUAGUAUCUUUUUCAACAGUUUAUACUGAUGUAUGGUUUUUAGUG